AUGAGCGACAGAGCCUCGUCCCCGAAGAAAUCGCCCAAGUCUCCUUCUUCUGGAGCCAGUGAGGUUGUGCUGCAUGACGCCGGGCACUGGGCUGCCCUGGCACAGGAUGAGCAGGAUGAAGAUACUGACUCCUCGCUUGGAAAAGAUGCAGAGUCAUCGACGGCUUCGAUGACAUCGAGUAUUCUGAAUUAUAGAACUAUCAAAGGAAGGACGUAUCACUCUGAGAGAGGAAACGCUGAAUAUUGGGCAUCCAAUGAUGCCCAACAGAAUGAAGUUAUGGAUAUUAUCCACCACUUUCUCGUUCUCACACUUGAUGGGAAACUUCAUUUGGCACCAUUGAAGGAUGAUAUCAAGUCUGUCCUUGAUGUAGGCACUGGAACAGGAAUUUGGGCAAUUGACUUUGCCGAUGAGCAUCCCCAAGCCGAAGUGAUCGGCACAGACAUAUCUCCCAUUCAACCAAGCUGGGUCCCUCCAAACGUCAAGUUCGAUUGGUCAGCUUUAUUCCAAGAGGCCUAUCGUUCAUGUAAGCCAGGCGGUUGGGUUGAGAGUUUUGAAGCGUCGCCUUGUCUCGAGAGUGAUGAUGAUACUGUCAAAGAGGGCAGCGCGAUGAGCGAAUGGGGCAAGUUCUUUAUUGAAGGUGGAAAGAGACUUGGUCGAACGUUUACAAUUCUUGAUGAUGACUUGCAGAAGAAGGGAAUGGAAGAUGCAGGGUUUACAGAUAUUCAGACUCGGGAUUUCAAGCUUCCUAUCGGUAGUUGGCCUAAAGAUCCCAAAUUGCAAGAAAUUGGAAGCUUCGCGUUUGCUGCCAUGGAUCAGGAUUUGGAGGGCUUUGUUUUGUACAUGGCGAGUGUUGUGUUGGGAUGGUCGCAGGAUGAAGUCACGGUUUAUUGCUCGCAGCUUCGAAGGGAGUUGAGGUCAGCAAAGUAUCAUCCUUACUGCCGACUGAGGCUUGUGUAUGGAAGGAAGCCGGAGUAA